CCGAGCAAGCGAGACGACGUGUGAGAAGGGUUGUCACGCGUUUUUUUCAACGACACUGCCGUUUUUAUCGAGACAGAUUCAAACACAUUCGCUCAAAAAGACAAAGGACGUGUAUAAACCCUUACGUAUUUCUACCGAACUCGCUGAGUCUCGUCGAGCAGACACUAUUAUACUGCUAAUUCUCAUACUCGUGGUGCUGUACGAGGAGCUGCUUAAACGACGACAGAUCAGGCGUGCUCCAAGUAGUCAUCACCUUCGAGCAUCAAUCAGCAGCUCGUCGACGCCGUUGUCGACGUCAGUGCAACAUCGCCGCCGUAGUCGGCGCCGAAGCUGGGAAUAACAAGUUUAUUGUCGAAAAAACGGAAAAUACAAGUGGGACACAUAUUCAUCGUAAUCGUCACACACAUACAGCAUCCAUUACAAAUCUCACCACAAACAAAGUGCGCGUAAACGAAAAGAACAAUGCCGACUAGCUUGUUCACGGAAGUGGAGCGUGCGGCGAGCGGAGCCGCAGCCACCGGCUCCCUCGAGGAGCAACGCGCGCUUCAGUUAGCUUUCGAGCUUUCGAUGCUUGGCCUCGAAAAUGGCAGCGCCAAUGGUAAUCCACCAACCGGUGUCACCGGGCCUGUCGUAACGAAUGGUGUUGUCCCGGAUAACGAUGGACUACAAAGCUCACCAAGUAGCGUGUUCGAGGAGGCCAGAUCGAAGAAGAGCCAGAACAUGACCGAGUGUGUGCCGGUGCCGAGCAGCGAGCACGUGGCUGAGAUUGUCGGCAGACAAGGUUGCAAGAUCAAGGCGCUGCGUGCCAAGACCAACACUUACAUCAAGACGCCAGUGCGCGGCGAGGAGCCGGUGUUCGUGGUGACCGGGCGCAAGGAAGACGUCGCACGCGCCAAACGCGAGAUCCUGUCGGCGGCCGAGCAUUUCUCGCAGAUCCGCGCCUCGCGCAAGUCAUCCCUUGGCGCACUGCUCGGCGCACCGCCGGGCCCCCCGGCCUCCGUGCCCGGACACAUAACUAUCCAAGUACGCGUGCCGUAUCGCGUGGUCGGUCUGGUGGUCGGGCCCAAGGGCGCAACCAUCAAGCGCAUUCAGCAUCAGACGCACACCUACAUCGUGACGCCGUCUCGCGACAAGGAGCCCGUGUUCGAGGUGACCGGUCUGCCCGAGAGCGUGGCGGCCGCGCGCAACGAGAUCCAGGCCCACAUCACCCAGCGCACCGGUGUGCUGCCGCUCUGCACGCACGAGGAGAAGGACCUGCUGGAUGCGCUCAGCCGCUGCGGCUUGGGCUCGAUUUUGAACUGCCUCGACACACCCGGGGGCGUCAAGGGUAGCAACGGUAGCAGCGGCGCGUUCUCGUCAAGUGGCAGCUGCAGUAGCUCGUCGUCGAGCAGUGGCGCUGCAGGUCUCAACGACCUCGUCGCCAUUUGGAACAGCGGUGGCAUGGACAGAGACGAGGGUCUCGGCGAGUCGCCGUCCUUCGAGUCGCAGACUGCCUCGGCCUCGUCCAUCUGGUCGUUCCCCGGUGUGGCGCUGCCGUCGAGACCGUCGCCGCCAGCGUCGGCUUCGCCAGCCUCGCCCACGGACUCGCUGCUGGGCACCGGCAGCGGCAACGGCAGUAUCGGCGUUCGGGAGUGCGUCGUCUGCGGCGACAAGGACGUCACGACGGCACUGGUGCCGUGCGGGCACAAGCACUUCUGCUUGGAGUGCGGACAUCGCAUCUGCAUGAGCACCGAGCCCAGCUGCCCCGUCUGCUCGAAGCCCGUGCUCCAGGCGCUUCGCAUCAUCAUCUAAGCGCCCCGCGCCAAGGCCCAAGCCCCGCCGCGCGGCAAAGCUUUUCUACGUUCUUCAUCAUGUGAUCGACUUUUGACUGCUUUUCUACAUAUUGAAGAGAAAAAUACACGCACGCACACGCACACACACACACACACUCACCCACAUACACACACCCCCACAUCCACACACACACACACACGCGCACACUUUCACGUUAAAACUCAACCGACGACGGACAUGUGCUGCUUCUUCGCUCGUCGACAAAAUCAUCUCAACUCCUUCGACGAGCGACCUCGCAACGUAUGCCAUUUUUUCAACACUCAAUCUUUGACUCACAAACCAUCAUGAUGAUUUCUCGGACUCACACACAUGGAGACGCGCACAAUUUCACUGCUGCCAAUGCGAGCGACGCGCCCCGCCCGCCGCGGAUUAUUUAUACAACGAACCUUGGAGAGGAGAGACGGAGAGAACAAAAAUUAAGAAGUAAACGAUGGAAAACUGACGAAAAAAAUAUGAAGAAACGGAUAAGAGGAAGAUAGACAGCUUCGUGUUUUGUUAAUUAUUAUAUAUUAUUAAUAUUCUUUUUUUUUUGUUUGACUAUUAGUUUUCGGCGCGAUAGAGCAAAAGAGCGUGUAUUUGUGUCAGCCCGCACCUCAACGACCACUCGGAUUAUCUUUUUGUUUAUUCGUUUUUGGCUUUCUCGCACGUACACGAAGAUAUGUGGUUGUUUAUUUAUGCGUAUUAUGUAUAAUCGGGUACAUUAUCAUUAAUCGAGGUAUAAUUAAGUGCGAGAGGCGACUGGAGAGAGAGAGAAAAAAAAAAUUUUUUCGUCGCGAAAAAAAUCCAUGUGAUAUUUAUAUUGGAUAUCUCAAAUUUGAUUCCUACACGACAGACAAAGAUUUCUUAAGAAAAAAACAAAAGAAAAAAAAUAAAAAACAAAAGAAAAGCGAAAAAAAUCGAUGCGCGGUCUCUUUAUAGCUCCUAGUCGUUUGUUGCACUGAAAUCCAAGACAAUGUCAGUGGUCGUCGAGUUCGAAAGAUUUCAGAAACCAGCAAAUGACGUUCGUACGUGGUAUCGCACGAGAACCGGAAAGUUGGACUUUUCUCGUACUAGUGCUGACUCGCGCGAAUCUGUCGUCCCUCGCUUAGAGUAUUAUCUUUAACUUUAUAUAAGCGACAGAGCAAUUGAAAUAAUAACGAUAAUAUAUAUUAUAUAUACGAAAUAUAAACAAUUGUGAAAAAGUAUAUUAUAUAUAUCGACGACGAUGAUGACGAUAUUUUACCGAGGAGAUUUAGAUUUUGUAUUUUCGCGGUAUUUCACCGCCUGUGCGGGGAUGACUCGCGCCUGUGUCAUGCGUUCUUGCGAGAAAACUUUGGCUACUUUCGCGCUCUCGUGGAAAAAAAACGAGAUAUAAGGAGAACAAAAAUAACAACACACAGGUAUUAUCAAGGCAACUUAGUAAUAAUCGAGUAAUAAUUAAUUUUUAAAAAAGAUGAUGAAGGAAAAAAGAGAAAAAAGUACACGCAUUGACAUGCUCGAGAAAAAAAAAGACACAUACAUACACACGGACAUGCAUACACGAAGAACAUGUACGCGUCUAAGUCGUAACGUCGUCGUCGUCGUAACUUUUAAGGCUUUUUUCCUCAAAAUGAUGUAUGAUAUUUUUGUAAUUUAUUUUAUUUUUAUAUAUAUUAUAGAGAGAAAGUAAACAAAGAGAGCGCGAUUUAAAGUAAAAAGAGCAAAAUAAGCGUGAAAAAAAUAAUGCAUUUCGCCCCUGGAGUAACGUUGGUAAGCGAGACUGGCGUGUGUGCAUAGAGCUUUCCUGGGGAAGGCGCCGAAAGAGAACGAGGAGUAUUAAAAAACAAAUCCGAUCGGCGCGAGACUCGCUUCGACGCUAGGCUUUAUUUAUAUUCACGUAUUGAUUAUAUAUUUGUUGUAGUUUUUGUCGUUCAAAUUUUUAUCAUCUUCAGAAAAAAAAACAAAAAAAAAACGCAUUUUCUUUUUGUGAGAAUGAGAGUAAUAAAAAAAGUGAAUCGAGGGUCGGACACCGGCCCGCUCUUUCAUCAGACUUUCAUUUUGCCGUAUUAUCGUGUGUUGUUUAUUUUACGUACGUUAUUGCUAUUCAAUAAUUUUCCUUCUUGCUUUAAAUUUGUGCAUUAGACUUUACACAGACGAUGGCGACUCGCGCAUUCACCGAUUAUAUAGGACGAAAGACGGUGACCGGAAUGAAGAUUCGCGUGAAUCCUUUUCAUCUUGCGACAAGAAUGAUGUGCUCUUGUUUUUUCUUUUUUUUUUAUAUAUUGUUUGUUAAUAGCAAAUUUUUUUAAAUAGUUUAGCCAGAGUGUUUUAAAUGUGUUGAUCGACGACGAUUUUUGAUUCUUUCUCUAGAUUAGUCACAGUUUAUACGUACACGAUUAGGAAAAACAGAAAAAUAAUGUUUACUUCUGAAUGCGCGACGUGUCGUACUGAUAAUGAUAUAUAUAUGCAUAUAUAUAUAUAUAUAUCGAAAACCGAUAUUGCACCGCACUUAGAGAUUAUAUACUUAAAUGAGACGAACGCGAUGCUCGAGAAAAAAGAGAAAUGGGAGUAAAUGGGAAAAAUACUUAUGGGAUAAAAAAAGAAAAUAAGAUGUUUAUUAUAUUUGAGUUCUUGAAGCAAAAUGAAUUCUAUAUUUUUUCUAUGUUAAGUAUAACGGAAAAAAUUAAUAUAAACGGUGAUGACAUACAUAUAUAUUAUAUAUUUAUAGGUAUUCUCUUUAGCAUCAACGUUCCGACUUAAACCAAGAGUAAAAAAAUAAAAAAUUUAAAUAAUUAUAUAUUAAAAGUAAAAGUAAUUAAAUGUAAAGGGCGUGCCGCGCAAUAAAGAGCGGAAUAAUUAUAUUAUAUACAUAUAUAUGUAGAACAUUGCAGGAUAACGUCAUUCACUUCAAUAAAAAUAAGUCUGAUUGAGAGCCGCGGCGAGGUGUAUAGUUCUUAACAAAAAUAUUUAAAAAAAGUAAGCGUAUAACAACGCGUGGGUGUAUUAUUGUUAGAUGUGGAGCGAAGAAAGAAACUUUUCUCUCUUGAGACAGAGAAACGUAAGUCGAGGGAGGGAAACGGUUAAAAAAAGUCGAAUGAUAGAGAGAAAGAAGUACGCAGAGAGCGAAAGAGAGCAGCAAAAAAUUAAGAAUUCUCAAUAUGUAGAUAUAUAUAAGAUAUUAAUAACAAUAAUAUAUAAAUGAGACUAAGACACGAGAUUGUGAGGCGGCGAUGAGAGUUUUUACAGGACUUUUAUUCGAAGCACAUUUAGGGGCGGUUGCCGGCGAACUCGGUUCCCUUUCCUGGUGUGACUGUGUGUCCGUGUAUCAUAUAUUUAUGUCAGUAUACUAUAUGACGAGAGAAUCGAGGAGACGUACGUAUACAUUGAACAUCGAGUAGUGCGGGUCAGGCUUCGGUCAGACGCGAGCGCUGAACCUCCGCUAGACUUUUACUUUGGCCGAGGUUCCGCUUGCCCGGCAUCCACUUUACUAUUCUUUCUCACUCUGAACAUUAUUCCGCAUGAUUUCUUAAAUUUUAACGAUGACUGUGAAUGAGAAUAGUGGCUUUGAUGUCGAUUCGAGCUAUCAACGUCAAGUUUUCCGAAAGUUCGGCAUCCUAUUCGUUCAGCUGGUUAAUUGGAAAAUCGUUCAAUUUUAAUUUUUUAUUGUAAUCCGAUUAAUUUAGAUUUAUCCACGAAUCAGCUGGAUGACCAAUAAGAUUUUUUUUCUUUAUUGACAAAACCUCCUCAUUGUAUAAUAAAUUGUUCUUCAUCGUAAUGACUAGAAUUUCAAAUAAAGUAUUCAAAGCAAGUAAUAAACGCGAUUUUAACAAUUUGAUUACUGAUGGUUUGAAAUUUAACUAUAGUCGUGUAACGUAAAUAAAAAAUUUGAAAGAUUGAGGAGGAAGUGUUUAUUGAAUAUUAAUAGCCAUUGGCUGUGACCGAUAACUGCCAUUUUCUAAAAAAAAAAAAAAAAAAAAAAAAAAUGAAAAAAUCCAUGUCAUAAAAAAAUUGAUAAGAACGGACACACGAUUAACGCAGGGAAAGUCACUGAGAGCAAAUUAUCUCGGAGUAAAGUAAAAAAAGUAAAGACAAAAAAAAGGGAGUCAAGGCCAGUUAUUUCCAAUCGUGCGCACAUUAUUCGGCUUUGUGGGAAUAUAUAGUAAAUGUACGCGAUUCUAGGUAGGCAAACGCACGCGUGCGAAAGAACGAAAGAAAAAAAAAGUGUGAAAAAAGCGAUUAGGUGUUCGACCCUCCCCCUAUAUAAAAUAACGUAUAGAUUAUAUUAUAUAUAUUUAUCCAGCCAAUUCGAGCAAAGAGAUUUUUUCAGAAUUCAAUCUUAGUUUAUUUUUUAUUUUUUUGUAGAAUUUAAAAAAAUAUAUAUAUAAUAAUUAUAGGUGAAAAGAGAAUAAGAAUGAUGAUUAUGAACAAAAAAUACGAGUGUCCCUCUUGAGAAUACGAGACGCACGAGUUCGAGAGCAUUUUUUAAUUAUUAUAGGAAAUAAUAUGGAUUAAAUAAAAAAUACUUGACGAUACAUAUCUCGAAGAAUAAUAAUUAAUCGUAAGAGAAUUAUUAGAAAGUUGAAUAGACGAACGAGAAAAACCACGUGUAUGAGUAAUUAGAAAUGAAAGAUAAAAUCUCUAUAUAUAGGCUUAAACAGAAUUGAAAUAGAGAAAAAAAAAAGAAAAAAGAGAGGAAUAGAUAUGAUUGUUGCUUAAUUUAAUCUGUAUUUGCUAUGUUAAAUUUAUAUUCUUUGAAUAGGUAUAUAUUAUUUUAUAGUGAAUGUGGUUAUCUACUCUUAUUAUUUUAUAGCUUGUGGUUAUGACGAUUAUUAUUAUCAUUAUUAUUAACAUUAUUAGAAUUGUAUUUAAAACGUAUGGCAAGGAAAAAUGAGUAGAGCACGAGAUAUAGGAAGAAAAAAAAGACGAGAAGAACCUCUGCUUUUGUGAAUCUAGUAAAUACGGAUAUAACAAUGCACUGCUAAUCAUAAUAUUUAUUGUGAAUUAUUUGCAGGCCUCGAUCGACGUUCCUUUAUUUAGUUUUUUUUUCGUCAUCUUAUUAUUACUAUUAUUUUUUUAUAUAGAUUUUACGACUUCUUUCUGCUUGCGCAUUCAUUUUUUACAUUGUAAAACCAUUAUGCCUCGUUUUUAAGUUCUUCACUUUGUUGUUUGUGCGUUUUCAUUUUUCACCCAUAAAUACAACACAUUUCAUAUAACGUUUGUACUUGACUUGCAUUAUUUUUUAUAAUAACAAUCUCCCCGUCGUUUAUACGAAACCGCAAAUGUUUUCUCCUUUAACGCAGACACUCAUUAUCAUUAGCAUCAACAUACAAAAGAAAAAGAGAGAAACGCAUGUCGUGAGCGAUUCGGGAAAUGUAUUGCCCAAUCAACACCAAUAAUAUAGUGAGAUAUGUAGUAUCGAGAAAUAGAGAGAAAGAUAAUUUAUCUUUGUUUAUUAUAUUAAUUGUAGUGUCUUUCCUCGAUCGAUUAACCACUGAAAUACCGUUGUAUUAUUUUUUGUACAUGCAUUUUGUUUUCUCAGACUGUUUUUUUCUUAUUAAUUUUCUUGCUUGUUUAUAAGCUUACAUAAAUAAUAUCGAUCGAUAGGUAGUGAUUGCGAUAAGAGUGAGAACGUUUGAAUAUUUAAUAUAUAUGUGUAUACGCACAUAUAUAUAUAUAUAAAUAUAUAUAUAAAAAUAUAUUUAAAAAAGGAAAAAAUUAUAUUAUAUACGUUUGUACAUUGCGACUAUACAUAUUAUAUAUAUAUUGAAAUAUUAUACGAGCGUAAUGAUACUCGAAUCUAUAUUAUUAUUAUCUUUAUUAUCUAUAUAAAGUUAAAGUGAAUUUUUCAGCAUAAACUUGCUUCAACUUACUUACAUUACACCUUCAUUACUUACCUACUUAAUUACUUAAAUGAGUGAGAGAUAGACAGAAGAGAAUUUGAAUAAUAAUUAAACAUUGAAAAUUAAAUUUUAUUCGGAAAAUGUUGAAUAAAAAGUUUCGAGGCUUUUAGAUCACAUCGGUCUGAACAAACGCGACUACUACUACUAUUACUGCACGAACACAAAUACAAAAAAAAUAAUCGUCUCAUGUUCAUUUAUCACUGCACUUCAUUGUUCCAUAUGUUAAACAUGAUGAUCGCAGCCAUUGCACGCUGCGAAAACACGGCUAACUCGAUCUCAUGAAAUUUACGCCUUGAUAUCCCUCUGCUUUGCCUUUCCUGUAUUUUCUUCCUUCGUCGCCGCUUCAUGUGCGCUUCACUCAUUUUUUUUUUUGCUUGGCGCAACAUUGGAAUCUCCAAUCCGAGGCUGUACAAACGACAACCAUCAUUUUAUUUAAUUCUUUAUUUUAUUAAAUUAAAUUUGAAAGAGAUUUUAUUUUUUUUACUAUUACAGUUAUAUAAUUGGGUAUUAAACUACGGGCUUUUGUGAUUGUGAAAAUUGGUGGAAUAGAAAAACGCUGCUGUUGCUUUUUAUGUCAUGGAUUUAUACACACAUUUAUUUUGCUUUUAUUGAACGCUUUUAUUGUUUAUCAUCCAUGCUACGGGGAAUGAUCUAAUUUUAUGUGAUACAUAAUAGAAAGAAAGCGUAAAAGUAGUAAUAAUCAUGUAUGAUCCGAAUACGCUCGUUGGAGCUUUAUCUAACAUGAUAAAAGCUGAACAGAACGAAAAGAUAGGUAGAUUGGAACUUUUUUUCGCAUUUGUGAAUCUUGAUUUCGUCCUAUUCCGAGUUAGAAAUCCGAGGAGAAGGCAACCGCCCCCCAAAAGAAAGAAAGCGUAAAAAACAACACUAUAGAGAAUCAGUAUUUCCAAAUAUACAUAAUAAACUAUCGUAGAUAAGGCUGGACUCAGAAAAAAGGGGCUAAAACAUUUUUGGUGCGAAACAGGGGCCGCUUCGUACUUUUGCUAAGGGAACGUCGAUGCUCUCUCGUACAUGAAAAGAAAAGAAAACGAUGAUGACGAUGAAGCGUGUCGAGAUGUAUAAACGAGACUCUCUGCAAAUUCAUGCUUCCACUUAAAAAAAAAGAGAAAUAUUAAUAAUGAAAAGAGACUCUGCGAGUGAAGACGAGCUUUUUUUGAGGGGAGAAUAGAUGGAAGAAUAGUGGGAGCGACUCGGUGACGAGGCAAAACUAAGACUUCAUUCUUGAAUUUCGCGCAUGUAUAGUUAUAUGGAUUAUCUAUUACGAUUACUCAUUAUUAAUUAUUAUAUUGAUUAUAUAUUGAAUGUUGUGCGUACAGUGAGUUUUGACUUCGUCGAAUGCCAUUUUCUUCUUUCCUUCGCUGUUUCAAACGCGAAUGCAACGGAGAGAAGUUAAUUUUAUAUUUGACAUGAUUCAUUAGAUAAAUUUAUAUUCAGAUCGGAGGCUAUGAAACAUUGCCGACCCCGAUAUUAUUAUUAUCAAUAUUGUCUAUUAAUUAUUCGUAAUCGAUAUAUGAGUUGGUUGUCCUACUUUUACCACGUGCUACAUUUUUCUUCGUUGUCUUUGCAUUUUUUUUCGUGUACAUAAAAUAAAUGAAAACACUCGCUGAAACGAAAAAUUCGGUUGCAUCUCAUUUGGCGUAUGCAUUUAUAACGAACAAGAAGAAAUUGUCAAAGAGACCACUUGGGCAUUACGGAAAGACAGUCGUUGACACACAGCGUAAUCUUAGUGUUUUUCCCCCUCAGUACAUAUUUCCUCACGCGUUGAUCUUUUUCCUUCGUCGAAAAAGCCAAUCCAGUGUAGAGUGCAUGUAUAACUACGCAUAUAGGAGUUUAUGAUAUAUAUUACAAGAGAACAAAAGAGCCAUUGAGAGAGUGCGAGAGUUUUUAAGCUUUUGAGCGGGGAGAGCGAGAGAGUAUAUGAUUAUUAUUCGUGCGUGAAAUACAUAUAAUAAGACAAAAGAAUAAGAAAAGCGAAAUGCAGACAAAAAAGAUCGAUAAGCAUACAUUUAUAUGGAAAAAAAGACAGAAACAAAAAAUGUGAGUUUAUUAUUUUCUAUAUUUUUUUAUGUAAUUUUACGAGUAUUGCGAUAAUAUAUAUUGCGAAUAUUAUUAUUAAUAUUAUUAUUAUGAAUAUUUUAAUAUAUAAUAUGAUUUUUGAAUUUGCUGUUGCACGUUGUUAUUUUACUUUUCUUUCCUGAUUUCCUUUUUGAUUUUGUUGGUUUAUGCCGUGUCGCGCGCGAAUUAUCAUUUCCUUUUCGUUUCCUUCACUUUUCCUUGGAUUAAUUUUCGUUCGUUCGCCUCGAUUUGUCCGCGAGCCUCGCCGAUCGCCAGAGAGAGAGAGAGAGAGAGAGAGAGAGCGUGCGCGAGCGUCGGCGUUUCCCCUGCAUCCGCGCGCACAGUGCAGUCAGGCGGGGCAGCGGCGGCGCUCAUUUGAAUAAGCGCCAGACGAGGGCACACGGGCGCGCGGACACUCGGCUCCCACCCGGAAAAUUAGCGGGGGGUGAAUGGCCGCGAAAGGGAGCGCCUCGAUAUCGGAAAGCUUCGCGCGCGCCGCGCUGACGUUGAGCGACCGAGGAGCGGAGGGAAAAGCUUUGCGGGACAUGCAUUUUCCCGGCCUUGCAGUGCUUGUCGGAGGGAGUGUGCUCGGAGUACGCGCGCCGCCGUUUUCUCCAAAGGCAAUAUCGACAUUCAGUGACCAUUCGUAAUCGUUCUCCAAGCAGCCAGGUCAAAUGUUCCUCCAUUGCGAAGCACCUUCGCCCGCGUGAAUCGGCUCGGAGAACGGUUCGCAACGUUUCUUCAAAAUAGACCAGUACGUUGCUCGUCGGUAGCACGUGUCGCGGCAACCACGUGGUCAAGUCAACGAGUUAGACGUACAGACGAACUUACGUCGAAAAAUCGGGAUCGCGCUAGAGCAGCAGUGAGCGUGUGUACGUGCGAGGUGCGCGGGGGGUUGGUAUCUGGCGGCUGCAAGCAGACAGAGCACGGCCAGUCGGCCGUUGGGAUGGCAACGUCGCAUUGCAGCGUUGAGGGGCGGCUUGCGGUCGAUGCCGCAACGGGGCGCGCUAACGGUUCUCUCGAGGAGGGAAGCUGCCGCCGUUUGUGCAAGACAAUUGGCGCCGCUUGCCGCGCAUUGCCCCAAAUAGUCCGUCAUCGACGACGCGCCGACUUAUCGCGCGAGACGAGAUUCGCGAGCGCGUAGAUCGGCGCCUCGGUCGCGGCACAUUCCAGAUUCGUCGGCGAGCUCGUUCGCCGGGUUUUUUUCACGACGGCGAGACUGCAGGCGAGGAGAAGGCGAGCGAGAAUUGCGAAAGCAAAAGAAGUCGCUCGAGCUGCAGCCCCUCGCCGGCAGUCUCUCUCUCUCUCUCGCGCGCGCUUUCGCCCCUCGUGGCGCGCGGUCGAUAGACGCGGCGACGCCCUGCCACCACCCCCACAUGCACACCAGGGAGGUUCUCAACCUCGGCCUCGCUCUGCGCCGAGGUGUCAUUGAUCUACUGCUACUGCUGCUCUUGCUGAUUGCACUCUUCGUUCUACCAACUUGUUUUUAUUUUAACUUUUGCGACCAGCUAGUCGACCAGCAUGUUGCAUCGGAAUGGUUGACGAGCUUCACUUCUAUAUAAAUACCCUGGAGUGAGGAGACGUUUCUGUCUAUAUGCGCUCGCUUGUCGUAGUUACUUUAUACAUACACACACACACACACAGUCCAUUCGCUCGCGUCGCGUUCUUCAGCUCCGAUCAAUAAUCGAGAAUGAGAGCGUCACAUUCAUCGGAUUCAUAGACGAGAAAAUUGCUUCAUCGGACGUAAUAAAAACAAAAAAGAAUAGAUCCGAUAGAGCCUUUGAGGGUUACGCGCUGUGUGUGUCAACGACUGGAAAUUUCGCCAAGUUAGUUUUGCUAGUUCCUUUGUUUUCUUGAAGGUUGAAAAUUUUGUUAUUCGCAAUGGUUUACCAUUUUUUAAUGAAAUCACUGCUUAGGUUCCGAUUAAUCGACAUAUGCGCGUUUCAGCGUAACGAACAAAUAGGACAUUGUAAACACGGCUUGACGACGGGCUGUCGGUUACGCUCGACACUGGAUGAAAAGUCGGCGUAACGCGACGUUAUUUUGUGACAAAGAGAUGCAACCGUCGAACGAACUGAUACAAUAACAACGACGAGCGAGUUCGCUAGCGUGCACUUUCCGUUGAUUUUUUUAUUUCUUCUGCUUGCAUUGUUUUUGUUCAAAAAUAAAAAAGCUCGAGCUUUGAAUGCGCGUUGAUACUGGCAAUCGAUAUUUGAACAUAAUAAGAAAGGGAACGAAAGUAUUGAUGUUCCUCUUUCGCCGAGAAAAAAAAACCUUAAAAGGCAAUCGCUAAAUUUUAGGAUUAAUCGAUAAGAGAUAAUUUAGUUUUGUACGUUUUUGUGCAAUUUGUAAGAUGCUUUUAGAAAUUGUAAAGUAACCAUUGAGUGUGUCUUACAUAUGGUUAUUCCAAAUUGUCUGUUUUUGAUAUAUAAUUGGUACGUUUGUAAAGUCGAAGUGAAAAAUUCGCGUAGUCCGUGAUUUUUCUAUUUUAUUAAAAUUUUGUGGAAAGCGUAUGCUGAAUUCGAUAUUAAAAGAAUUAAAAAGAAUUUGCGUAGAGUCGACGAGGGGGCAUAAUUCGAUAUUCGAUAUUCUCUAAAGAAAAAAGUCGAUUUUUAAUCCAGUCUUCCUAAAAGGCGAAGAGGAGUAUUUAGGUUUAAUGCUAGCUCGAGAGAAAAUGCUAAAUAUCUACAGAAAAAAAAAUGCAAAAAAAAACUUUGUGGAAAGCAUAAAAAUGAAGGAAUGUAAUGUGAAAAAAAUAUUAAAAAGUAGGACUCGUCGAUUACGCGCAUGUAUUUUUUAUGCUCGCCGGGAAAGUGAAAAAAGUAAGAUAAAGGAAAUCGCUCGUCACAUUGUCGAUACCCUGUAAAACCAAGCGGAAAAAAGAAGUCGCAAACGCGGAAUAGAGUAAACCGAAGAAAUACAUAAUUUAAAUAAUGAAUAAAAAGAAAAAAAAAGUAUCGUGUUCGCUCGUAAACGCAUAAAACUUUAUGUGAGUGUAUGAAGUAAGGAAUAUAUAAAGAUGUAAGAAGAUAAAAAAAAGUUUA